CCCGCGCGCUCUACCCUGCCAGCACAAAAUCCCCAAUCCACCCGCGAGCUAGGGUUUUUCCGCGCCGCCGCACCCCACUCGACCCAGAUCCCCCAACCUCCUCUUCCUAACCCUACCACCCUUCCUCCCCGGCGGCGGCGAGAAGCAGUAGCCCGACAGCGAAGAUGAGGCCGAUCCUGAUGAAGGGGCACGAGCGCCCGCUCACGUUCCUCCGGUACAACCGCGACGGGGACCUCCUCUUCUCCUGCGCCAAGGACCACACCCCCAACGUCUGGUUCGCCGACAACGGCGACCGCCUCGGCACCUACCGCGGCCACAACGGCGCCGUCUGGUCCUGCGACGUCUCCCGCGACUCCACCCGCCUCAUCACCGGCAGCGCCGACCAGACCGCCAAGCUCUGGGACGUGCAGACCGGGAGGGAGCUCUUCACCUUCCGCUUCGACGCCCCCGCCCGCUCCGUUGAAUUUGCCAUUGGCGACGGCCUCGCCGUCAUCACCACCGACAACUUCAUGGAGAACGUGCCCACCGCCCAGGUCAAGCGCAUCGCCGAGGACCCCGAUGACCAGUCGGAGGAGUCUCUUCUCGUGAUUACUGGCAUCAAGGGGAGGAUCAACAGGGCCGUGUGGGGGCCGUUGAACAGGACUAUCAUCACCGCCGGUGAGGAUGCUACCAUCCGCAUUUGGGACACAGAGACUGGACAAUGUCUGAAGGAGUCAGACAAAGAGCAAGGACAUCAGAAAACAAUUACUUCACUUUCAAAAUCUGCAGAUUGGUCGCAUUUCCUAACAGGCUCCUUGGAUAAGUCUGCUAAGCUAUGGGAUACAAGAACUCUGACGCUGAUCAAGACAUAUGUCACUGAGCGACCUGUUAAUGCUGUUGACAUUUCUCCUCUUCUUGACCAUGUGGUUAUUGGAGGUGGUCAAGAUGCGAUGAAUGUGACUAUGACAGAUCGUCGUGCAGGAAAAUUUGAAGCGAAAUUUUUUCACAAGAUUUUGCAAGAGGAAAUUGGUGGUGUUAAAGGCCAUUUUGGACCAAUUAACGCGCUGGCAUUUAAUCCUGAUGGGCGGAGCUUUUCGAGUGGUGGUGAAGAUGGAUAUGUAAGGCUGCACCAUUUUGAUUCUGACUACUUCAACAUCAAGAUUUAAACCUAGAAGUUCUGAAACUCUGAGGCUGCACUUGAGAAAGGCCAAAGGUAUACCUUCUGGUUGGGCAUUGUUGUUUAAUCUCCAUCAAUCUCCGUCGUGUGGAGAGUCUCAGGUGCAGUGUUUAGCAACUGAUGGAGUACUUGUCGGACUUUCUUGUUGCACUGGACAUCCAGCUUUAUAGAUGCUUGAGAGAUUUUGUACAUUCAGCAAUCGAAGGCUCCUUAUACUGCAAAACUAGCUUAAUUUGCUUUUCAUCAUUCUUGGUUCACUUCUUCCAUAUAUCAAGUUUUGGGCAGAUGAUUUGUCUAUACGAUGUUGUGUUUCGGUUCACGUUCUAAUCAUGUGCAUAUGCUUCACUUGGGUGAAUUGUAAGAUGUCUCAUCGCAUAGCAAUUUCAUGACUUGAAGCAUGCACGGUGAAGUGCUGGCACUCUCAACUGUGUCAAGUUUACUAGCAUAAUCCUUUAAUAAUCUACGGGAGCAGAAUUCUAACUUAA